UUAGUAUAUAUUGGCGACAUUGCUUAUGUCCGCUGUUGGUUGUGUGAUGUGUUGUCGAGUGGUUGAUGUUAGAAAGGGGGCGGAUUAUGGUUAUGUAAAAUAAACGGCACUUGGAAUAUUUUCGAACAACACACAUGUAAUUACUCUGAAACUAUUUCUGAGUAUUAAUACAUUGUUUUGUAAAUCUAAUGUUGAAAAGGAAGCGGCAAAUAGGUUGAAGCCAGAAUUCCUGUAAUGGAAGGCGUGCCAGGAGAUUUGCAAACAAAAUACCAGAAAGUUGCUUCAGAAUAUUCUAAGAUAAGGGCACAAGCCAAUGUUCUGAAGAAGGCUGUGGUAGAAGAGCAGACUCGUAACUCAGAAUUACGGGAUGUUCUGAAGGAGCGGGAGCAGAGUCUGCGCAAAGCUGAACAGGAAAUGGACAGUUUAACAUUUCGUAAUCAGCAACUCACAAAGAGAGUUACUGUACUUCAAGAUGAACUUGAUUUAAUGCAGGCACGACCCAAGAAAGGCAGAUCGAAAGGUCCUGGAGCGUCACCAAACAGAGAAUUAACAAACCACGUGUUGGAUGAAGAAUUUCAGAAGAAGAUUACCGAGAAUGCUUGUCUGUUAUCAUUGAUGCAGGAUAAAGAUUCUGCUCAUGAGCGAGAAAUGUCAUCAUUAACGCAGCGCAUUGAGAAGCUGGAACAUGAAUUGCAGCAGUACCGUGAGGUCAACAGUGAUGCUGAACUGAAAUACAAGGCCGUGAUUGAAAGGUUGGAGGAAGAGAAGGGGUUGCUGAUGCGGAGUGUGGACGUCAAGGAAAGUGCCCUGGAGCACUGUAGUACACAGCUUAAUCUGUUAGCAGAACAGAAGUCUCAGAUACAAAUGGAUCUCAGCACACAGUUGCAGUCAGCAACAGCUACCAUUGCGCAACACCUUCCGUUUGUAGAUUCUAGAUGUGGGGAUCUAAAUGAGUUGAACAUUCCACGUCAUGACCAUAAGCAGCAGAUCUAUGCUCAGCAUGUGAUUUCACAGGCAGGACUUCAUUUACAUGACCUCACAGCAGCGCUGUCUGACUACCACACAUACAGCGAACAGCGCUUGCAUGCUGUAUUUACUACUCUAAGCCCAGUGAAUGAAAGGUUUUCCAGCCACCUGAAAGAGAAUGCAAGAUUUCUGCGUGCCCUUGAGCAAGGCUACACUGACUUCCAAGCUGGACUUGAGAAUGAAAACUGUUUAAGUCUGGAGACACUGCCUUCACUGCGCAAACUCUCUGACCAACUUGCAGCUUACACAGUCUACCUGCAUCGUCUGUUACCGUAUCAUUGUCUCAGCAUUGAAGAAGAAAGUUCAUUGUCUACUUGCACUGAAGUGCUGAAGGCAAGCAAUAGCGACGUGUUUCAACAUACAGCUGAACUCACAGCUCACUUUGUCAAGCUCAGCACUUACGUUAAGCUGCUGGCUGCACAAAGUAAGCGUGCUUGUCAGCAUCCACCUUCUUCACAGAGGAGGUUCCUAUUAGAAUUAACUGAAGCCCUGAAGGCUCUACACGUAUCUAUGAAAGAUUUAUCUCGAGCAUACAGUCAGAAGAGUAACUUAGAGCAUGAAAUGCCGACAUCUACUGAUCGACUAAGAGCAACAGAUGAGUGCUUAGUAAAAUCUCUAGGAGCUAUGGUAUCAGCUACAGGCAAGUUGGCUACUGUGUUAUCUGACAGUCGAGCAGAGUUAUGCAGAAUGACAGGUGCAGUAGUUGUUUCAGUAGUGUCAAGUACUGGAACCAUGCAUCCUGUUGUCUCAGGAUUUAAGAAGAGAGCAGCACUGUAUGUCAGUUCUCUCGAUCAGGUAACUUGUAAUUGUGGAUUUGGAUCAGGUGAAAUAUCAGUUCAAUUUUAGUUUUGGUCUUUUCGGUUGUGACACUGUGUGCUUUUACAUGUGAAGGCAAUAUUUUCCUCAAAAACAUCGGUAAUAACAUAUAAGACCAUACUGCGUCACAACCAUAAAGACCACGAUCAACAUCUUCACUUCUGUGAGAAUCUCAGAUCUCUUUUCUAUUUAAUAUGAUUCUGUCUGCAUGAAUAUUUGUGACUAAAUUUAAUUUU